ACCCCUCACCUCAAUAAAUACUACUGCUACUUUAUAUCUUCAUCUUUUUCUCAUUUCAUCAACGACAUCCGCUUCAUUUCUUGCAUUUCUCUGUCUGCUUUCUCUCGCUAAAAGAACAAAAGAAUGAAAGGAACAAUGUUGAGAUCCGUCCAAGCUUCCCUCCGAAGAGGUCCGAAUGCAUCAUCUUCUCCUUCGUCAUUUCGACUACUGUGCCGUGAUUACUCAUCUGAAUCGGCCCCCAAUCGGAAGGUUGCCGUCUUGGGAGCCGCCGGCGGGAUUGGGCAGCCACUUGCGCUGCUCAUGAAGCUCAACCCUCUCGUUUCUAAUCUAGCUCUCUAUGAUAUCGCCGGAACCCCCGGUGUUGCCGCCGAUGUCGGCCACAUCAACACCAGAUCUCAGGUGGCUGGGUACAUGGGUGAAGAUCAACUAGCGCAGGCAUUGGAGGGGUCUGAUGUUGUCAUCAUUCCAGCUGGUGUACCAAGGAAGCCUGGUAUGACUCGUGAUGAUCUCUUCAACAUUAAUGCCGGCAUUGUCAAAUCUCUGUGCACUGCAAUUGCCAAGUAUUGUCCAAAUGCACUGGUUAAUAUGAUAAGCAACCCUGUGAAUUCAACAGUCCCCAUUGCUGCUGAGAUCUUCAAGAAAGCAGGGACGUAUGAUGAGAAGAAGCUUUUUGGUGUGACAACACUUGAUGUUGUUAGGGCUAAGACUUUCUAUGCUGGGAAGGCAAAUGUCCCAGUCGCAGGGGUUAAUGUGCCUGUCGUAGGUGGCCAUGCCGGCAUAACCAUUCUUCCUCUGUUCUCACAAGCCACACCAGAAGCCAAUAAUUUGUCUGAUGAAGACAUUAAGGCGCUCACCAAGCGAACACAAGAUGGAGGGACAGAAGUAGUGGAAGCAAAAGCUGGAAAGGGUUCAGCAACACUCUCAAUGGCUUAUGCAGGAGCCAUUUUUGCAGAUGCUUGCUUAAAGGGUCUUAAUGGGGUCCCAGAUGUCGUUGAGUGCUCAUUCGUGCAGUCAAGCAUAACUGAAUUACCUUUCUUUGCUUCUAAGGUGAAGCUUGGGAAGAAUGGUGUGGAGGAAAUUAUGGGGUUGGGCCUGCUUUCGGACUAUGAAAAACAAGGAUUGGAAAGCCUCAAGCCUGAGCUUAAAGCCUCUAUCGAGAAGGGAAUCAAGUAUGCCAAUCAGAGUUAGAAUGAGCCGUGUAGGGCUUGUGGGACAUCAGUCUCCUUUAUAAAAGGGAAAAAACCAUCACAGUUUUGCAAUUCAUGCUAGUUUUAUUUUGUUACUUGAGAGUUUGUUGCUGCGUGGGUUUUCCUGUUACCAGUACAGUAGGCUUAAUUUAAGCAGAAGCUCAGUUAAAUAAAGUCAUUUGUUAAGACUAUUAUGGGCUUGACGUCACUCAAAAUUUACAAAUUUUCCAAUACCAA